AACACCUUUUACACCUAACCUACACCUACCUACCUACCUACACAAUUACCGAGCCUUUCUAUAUUUGGACUGAUACAAUCAUUCCCAAACCCACUUUCAUCUUACCGCAACGACUGCUUAUUUCCCCCAAGCUCGUCCACAUCUCGACUACAGGUACGAUUUGAUCUCUCCUCCCACGAAGAACAAAGAAGCACAAAGACACCAUGUCGUCGACACCAGCACGAAAACCGCCAGCAGGCAGCACGGGUCGUGAUUCCAGCACCAAAUCCUCAGCUUCCCCUGGCGCUGCAAACCGCACACCGUCACGCGCAUCAACCCCGACUUCAAAUGGCACAAAUGGCGUUCAGAGGACACGGUCGGUCAGGUCGGGCGUGACUGGCACACCUGUGUCGGCGCGGGCAUCCGUUCGGAAGCCUGGAGCCUCUUCCAACCUCAGCACGAAGGCGUCGCAGGACGACGCAAACGACGAGGAGGCCAAGGAGGAGGCUGCCGCAUACCUUCAGGACCUGAAGGAGCGUCUCCAAAAGGCGGAGAGCGAGGCCGAUGAGCGCCAGAAGCAAGUCGAGGUUCUCAACGCCCGGCUGGACGACGCGAUCAAGGAGCAGGCGAAGCUGGAGGAGCGUGCCCACGAGGAGGAAGAGAAGGUCGAGGGACUGGAAAACGAGAAGAGGGAGCUUACCCGUCAACACCGCGAGCUCGAGGGCAUCUACGAGGCCGAACGGGCACAGACAAUGAAAGAAAAGGAGUCGACGCAGACGAAGGAGGACGAGCUCCAUGAGACGAUCCAGCGCCUGAAGGAGGCCAUGGCAAUGAAGAACACCUCGAACAGUGACAGUGAGGAAGGUCUCUCACGAACAUCGAGCUUCCGCAACAGACCCUCUCGCAACAACUCAUCACAGAACCUCGAGACCUCCGGUUCAUUCGCACCCCCUUCGUCGGUCCAGCGUAGCAAUUCUCGCAACAAUUCUAAGCUUAUCCACCAAAAGGACAAGAUCAUCGAAGGUCUGCGCCUCGAGCUGGCCGAGAACCAGAUCAAGCUGGUGGAACUGGAGAAUGCUGGAGGUGGCCGCUUGCGGGAACUCGAAAAGCAACUGCUCGAGACGCGCAUGACGAACGCUCGUCUCAUGGAGGAUAACGAAAGCUUCCAGCUCCUUCUCAGCGAGAAGACUCUCAACGGAGACUUGAGCCGAGGCGACUUCUUGCGUUCCGCUGCCACUGAGGAGCGAGCGCCGCUGUCUCCUGGUGGCCCAUCUACCAGCCUUGCCGAUGAGCUAGAGUCCGCCGAGGGCGCCGAAGGGGAACUCGUUCGUCGCUUGGAAGGCGAGGUUAACAGCCUCAAGGACCAGAACAAGGCUCUUACGCUAUACAUCAACAAGAUCAUCGGCCGUCUUCUGACUCACCAGGGCUUCGAGUCUGUCCUAGGCAACGACGAUGAUGGCACCGGCGGGGCUCCUGCUCUCAACACAGACAAGGAGCUCCCACCUCCCCCGAGGGAGAACGACCAGCCACAGUCGGGCUUCCUCCAGCGCGCAAAGUCAGUUGCCAUGGGUGGAGGCCGCCCUAAGCCACGACCCAUCAGCUACGCACCCAGCAGUAACGUCACCGAGGACCCAAAUACAGCCCCGAGCAUCCCGCUCGGAAGGUCGAACUCUUCUCGUGCACCUAGCGGUAGCUACACCCAUCGUCGCUCUGCAUCUGAGCUGGGCAGUCAGCAAGGCGCCGCGAGCUUCGUCAACAACAUGGUCCGCAACCCAUCUCCAGGUGUGCUCCCGAGCCCUACAAGCCCCGGGCUAGUCUCCCCACGCAACUCCUUCUUCGGCCUCCCUAUCAACAGUGGCAGCAACCCAGCCUCCCGCGUUCCAUCCAGCGGAGCCCCGAUCCACGAAGAAAGGGAAGAUGCCGCUUCCACCACAACCACUGGCACCAGCAACACAGAGAGCGGCAGCGGUCAUGUCGAUACCCCUAGCCCACCUCGCCGCGUCGACACAGCACCCAGCGGCGGCGUCAUGACUGGAAAGCAGAUGCGCCCUCUACGCCUCGUGCAGAACGAGAAAGAAGCCUCUCAGCAACGCAAAGCCGCGAACCGGGCCUCCUGGAUCUCAGGCUGGUUCGGCGGAGGCGAGCAACAGAGGAACGAUGGCGCGCCUCCGCAAUAGCGGCAGAUCUCAUCCACCAAUCUUUUUUUCAUCUUGCUCCAUUCAACAUAUAGUACCUUCAUGAACGAUCUCUGGAUUAUAUAAUGCCUGCUACUUCCUUUUGGUACAAUUUCUGACAUGGGUAUAUGAUAAUGACGGACGGCCCCGGGGCCAGGGGUGUGUAUGUGAACAUGAGAUUCCUUCUCUUCCUCACCAUAGGGAACGGGGCGACAAACGCAAUGGGUUGGUUGUAUAGGGGUGUUGUUUAUAGUCACACAAUGGGCAAGCAAAGUUGUUUUUCUUUUUCG